CAUUUGAGUGCGGUCAAAAUCCAUCAUGGCGUCGUCGUUUUUGUCCGUACCACUGAAGAAGUCGCAAGCGGUGGACCUUGUAAAACCGCUGGAAAAAUUCAUCAAGAACACCUACUCUGGGCCAGGGGGAACCCAGGAUGACUUCACACCGCAGCUGAAGGAACUGGACAAGUUGCGGGAGUCUGCAACGGGCAAGACGCUGGAUAGACAUGACAGCUCCUUGGAGAUCAUCCAGAAGUACUACGAUCAGCUUUGUGCAAUUGAAGCCAAGCUGCCGAUCACAGAGAACCAGGAAGACGAACCCCCCACCCCCUACCAGAUCCGGGUCAAUUUCACCUGGUAUGAUGCCUUCGACCAGGGAAUGCUGUUUCUGGGAAAGAUGAAGAAGACCAUGUCAUCUGGAGACUAUGAGAGGAUGUGUGUUCUGUUCAACAUCGGGGCACUGAUGAGUCAGAUAGCUGCUGCCCAGAACAUAAGCGCUGACGACGGCCUGAAAAACGCUGCUAAAUACCUGCAGCAAGCUGCUGGUGUGUUCACACACAUCAAAGACUCCAUGGCAGGACCGUUCCAGCAGGUGGUGACCCCUGACCUGUCCCUGGAGAUGCUGAGUACCCUGGCUGUUGUCAUGUUGGCCCAGGCACAGGAGGCUAUCCUGCUCAAGUCUAUACAAGACAAGAUGAAGGAAGCCAUCAUUGCUAAGUUGUCCAUGCAGGCGUCUGACUUGUACUCUGAUGCUAUGAAACAGGCACAAAACCCACACUUCGGAGACUUACUCCCAAAGGAGUGGAUCCCAACCCUGGCUGGCAAGCAGGCCAUGUACCACGCCCAGGCUGAGUUCUACAUGUCACUGAUGGCCAAGAAGAACAAGAACAUCGGAGAGGAGAUAGCCAGGCUCAAGCAUGCCCUAGAGCUGGCAAAGACGGGCGGCAGCAGGGCGGGGUCGACCAUGGACCUGAAGGACUUCACGGGGAAAAUCCAGCGGGCACAUGACGCCGCUGACAAGGACAACAACUUCAUCUACCACGACCGCGUCCCCGAGCUCAACACCCUGCCUGCCAUUGGUCGAGCCGCCGUGGCCAAGGCUUUGCCACUUUCCAAACCCAUGAAUCCCAAGUCCACAGACCUGUUUGAGAAGCUGGUCCCCCUGGCGGUACACCAGGCGCUGACUGGUUAUGAAGCUCGUAAGGCUGACGUGGUGAACAGGGAGGUGGGACGGCUGAGGGAGGCCACCCAGCUCAUGAACAGUGUGCUGGCGUCCCUGAAUCUACCCGCUGCGAUCGAGGACCUGUCGGGAGACUCCAUCCCCCAGUCUAUCCUGGACAAGGGAGCUGCCAUCAAGGACAAGGGAGGCAUCGACAAGAUCAACCAGCUCAUCCAAGACUUACCAGAACUCCUGCAGAGGAACAAGGAGGUUCUAGAUGAGGCUAAUCGUGUCCUUGACGACGAGGAAAAAACAGACAAUGAGUUACGGGCGAACUUCAAAGAGCGGUGGGCACGUACGCCAUCGGCCCAGCUAUACAGUCCUCUGCGGGCGGAAGGCGGGAAGUACCAGUCCAUUCUGGAUAACGCCAUCCACGCGGACGCCAUCGUACGGGAGAAGUACAACAAACACGCAGAGAACAUCACCCUGCUGUGUAAGCCUGAGGAACUGCCAGGAAAAAUUCCAUCAUCCAGCCCAGCGGCAGCCUUACAAGGCAGCAAGUGUGUGACAGACCUGCGGCAGCUGAUGGAAGAAGUGGAGACUAUCAAGGCAGAGAGAGACGUCAUCGAGUCUGAGAUCAAGGAGGCCAAGUCUGACAUCUCUUCCAAGUUCUUGACAGCGCUGGCACAGGAUGGUGUAGUGAAUGAGGAGAGUCUGUCGGUGGGAGAGCUGGACAGGAUGUUUGGUCCCUUACAGCAGCAGGUCACUGAGAGUGUCGGCAGGCAGGAGAGCCUCAUGGGAAAGAUUCAGACUGCCAACACAGAGUUCUGUCAGCAGAAACAGGCCAGCGGGUCAGUCAACCAGAGGGAAGAGAAGCUGAAAGAUCUGGCUGCUGCACACGAUGCCUUUAUGGAGCUGAUUAGUAAUCUGGAAGAAGGGACCAAGUUCUACAACGAGCUCUUGCUGCUUCUUGUGAAGUUCCAGACAAAGUGUAACGACAUCGUCUUUGCUCGGAAGACAGAGAAAGAUGAACAUCUUAAAGACUUACAGCAGAACAUUGCCAAGCAGCCGUCUCAGUCAGCCCCUACUCCUCCCGCUUACCAGGCCUCUGGACCUGGCGGAGCAGCCAAGGCACCCCCACCUCGCCCCCCUCCCCCACAGGUGCAGCCUCAGCAGCAGCCGCAGCAGGCGCAGCCACCUGCGCAGCAAGCAGCUGCAGGAUCCCAGCCGCAGCUCAACAUGCCUCAGCCGGGGCAGCCCCAGUACGGCUACAACAACCCCCAGUACUACAGCCCUCCCCCCAUGCCCACCAGCUACAACCCCUAUGCAACCAUGCAGUACCAGCCCCCACCACAGCAGGGUGCUACUGCACCGUACGGCCAGCAGCCCGGAGCACCGCCCUACCCCCAGCAGCAGCAAGCUGCCCCACCCUACCCACAACAACAGUACGCCCCCCAGUACCCUCAACCUGCGUACAAUCCAUACGCACCCCCCUCUCAGUAUCCAAACCCAUAUCAACAACAACAGCAGCAAUGAAGGAGCACUAUACUUCAGAGCACAGAAACAUAACUCUGUUUACUAGUAUAUCCUAUCCAUGCACUCUUAAAUCCCAUUAGAUCUCUUAUAGCAUACUUGCACAGGCAAAAUCAGUAAUAAAAUAUUACGUCUCAAAAAAAGAAAAAUUUUGCUUGGUGUGAUAUUUUUCAGAAAUGGAUUUAAGAAAUUUCUGUUCUUCAAUGUGAUAUAUUAAAGAAAGUGCCUCAAAGGCCAUUUCUUAAGUCAGAGCACUGUUUUUCUUGAAUUUAUGCUUUUGUCAAUAACAGCAGCUGGUAUGUUUCUAGAAAGGGUGGCUUUGUUAUUAUAUAAGGAAACCAAAUGUAGAGCAAUUAUGGCUUAACUAACACAAAGAAAAAUAUUUUCACACUAAAAAGAUCUUAAAGAAUUAGAGCCUUAUUGACAUUUCAUUUUUGUCCAUGCUUGUUAAUGUACAUAUCUGCCUAUCUGCAAAAAUGAAAUAAUAUUGUUGUGAUGUGAUAGAUGGCUGAGAUUUCCACAUUUUUUGAAGAUAGGUCAACAAAUAUGAGAAGGAAUUGUGGUGAUGUUUUAGAUAGCAGAUGCUUUUGUUCCUGUAUAGAAAUGUGGAAUACAGUAUCUAAUUUAGCCAUUGAAUAGAAUUUUGUAUAUCUGGGUACAGUUGGCUUGUAGAAAAAAGAAGACACAUUUAAAAUGUACUAAUGGUAUCAUCCAAAUCUUUGUUUAGAUCUUGUGCCUUGUGGUAGUUUCUUGGGACAUACACCUCAAAUUCUACUUCUUAAGAAGUCACUGGUUAUAAUUAGAGUUUACAAUGUUUUGCAUGGGCUGCUUUCUUUAAGGUGAUAGCAUAGAAAGUCUUCAAAGAAGGAUAUACAUGUAACAUUGUAUUAACUUAGUACAAGAAAGUUAUACAUGUAUAUGUAAACACUGCUUUGAGUAAUUGUUCUUGCCAUUCCCUAUAUUCUCACUAUUUACAUUUUAUAUAAUACUGAUCAAUUUGAUGUAGUAAAAGAUUAUCAUUAUAAAGUUUUCUCAAAUGUUUUUUUUUUUCCAAAACAAUGAUUAUACAUGUAUGUAGUUCCUUUGAAGUGCUGGUAUGUAUAAUUUUAGGUCGCAAAAACAGAGAAAAAUACAUUAUGGUCUUGGCAUGCACACAUAUGACUAGGCACCCAUGUUUUUAACAGAUCAAGUUUACAACAGCUGAAAGCUCAAAACACAGCCGUAUACCCUUAAGAACAGGAGAAGCUUGUACAAAGGAAUAGAAAAGAGAAAUGGCGAUUUUUGCAUGUUUGCUGUAUUUUGAUAAUAUUUUCACACCAAUGAUGAGCUAGGUGGAGAUGAUAGACAUUAGUCAACAAAGUGGUAUGUAAACAUUCUGAUAUUGUAGCAACUAGAACAAUGCGUGAUAUGUACAAAGUUGGGAAUAUGGUACAUAGAUACUGAUAUUGUGUUGUGUUGUACACAAUUGUCAAAAAAAAA